AUGUCCGACCCCAAACCCAUCGUAAUCGGCCUCUACGGCGUCCCAGGCUCUGGCAAGACCCAUCUGAUGAACCACACCCUCAAGAAAACCUUCGGAAACAAAUGCCUCUACUACGACGGCUCCUCCGUCAUCGCCCAAGUUUUCGAAGGCGGUCUCCCAGCAUUCAACAACCUCCCUCCCUCCGAAAAAGUCUCCGUCCGCGAACUCGCAAUCCAAAAAAUCCAAACCCAAUGCCUCUCAGCCCGCAAAAUCGGAAUCGUCACCGGCCAUUUGACAUUGUGGAAUCAUCCGGAACCAGAACCGGAAUACGUCUUCACGACCGCGGAUUUCGAGGUGUAUGAUUGUAUUUUUUAUCUAGACCCUUCUGCCGCGACGGUCUUUCAACAGGUUAAGGAUGAUGUUGGCAAAGUGAGGGGGCUGAUGAGUUUGGAGGGGAUUCAGAAACAUAAGGAUUUGGAGUAUGGGAAGUUGCAGGAGUUAUGUUAUGAGUUUGGGGUUUUGCAGGCGAGGAUUGAUCCUUGUGCUGUGAACGAUGGGCAGAUUUUGAAGAUGGUGGAUGAUGUUUUGCGGAAUUUGGGGGAUUUGAGGACGGAAGAGGAGAAUUCCGAGGAAGUUUUGAGGCGUUUGGAUGGGAUUGUUCCUGUCGGAGUGAAGAAUAUGUUUGUCAUCGACGGCGACAAAACUCUGGCACCACACGAUUCUGGCGAUAUGUUUUGGCGGAAGUUUCCUGGAUCUGAGGGCGUGCUGAGAAAGCUUUUUGGGAGUAAUAUGAGAUACUCUUAUCAAGCGUGGCGUCAAGCUUCUCUCCUGUACGAGACGGAAGUCAGCAGCGAGAAAUUCGAGCGGGUUUGUGAUGCAGUGGCGAACGAUAUCACUCUGUACCCGGAAAUGGAAAGUUUCUUAAAGGAGAUCGUCGGCUCGCAGGAUAUCGGUGCGGUCGUUGUGACUUGCGGGCUGAGGCGGAUCUGGGAGAAGGUUCUUCAGAGAGCAGGACUUUUUGAGCAUGUGAAAGUCAUCGGUGCCGGCCGCUUCGACAAUGGGUAUGUUGUGAGCGGAGAAACGAAGGCACGCAUCGUUCAACACCUUCAGAGCAAGCACGACAUGAAAGUUUGCGCCAUCGGUGACAGCAAGCUUGAUUUGCCCAUGCUCAGAGAGGCCGAUAGUGGAGUCGUCGUUGUUGGCGAACCUGCCCUUCGGAGCGAGUCAAUGUCAGAGCAUCUGUGCUGUUCCGGCGGGAUGGAGGCCCUGCCGCAGAUCGAUCUCGAAGCAGUCUCUAAGCAGAAAUGGAGCAUCAACCUGCUCCAUGCUACCGGCAAGACCGCUGCCAGAUUGUUGAUGACGCCGAUGCGUGACGCGAAAGUCAGCGGCAGGGCUCUUCAAGAGGCACAUCGUCAAGUCGGUCGCUAUCUGGCGAUCGAGUACUUGGCAGAUGUGAUCGGUCUUGAACAGUACGACACGCUGCAUGUCCAGAACACCAUAACCUCCGGAAAUCGCUUAGCUGGUGAAGCAAAAACGGUCAUAGUUCCACUCAUGAGAGGCGGCGAGCCCAUGGCAUUUGGAGUCCACGAUACAUUCCCACUUGCUUCGUUUCUCCACGCGAGCAGUCCAGAAGAUCUGAAGGUCGAUAAGCUCAAGGAUCGCGAGACUAUCAUCCUUGUGGACUCAGUCGUCAAUAGCGGCAAGUCCAUUGCGGAGUUUGUCAAUCACAUCCGCAAGCUCCGAAUUGCAGCGCGUGUCGUGGUGGUGGCAGGUGUUGUGCAGCAAGAAUCUGUGGCAGAGAAUGGCACGCUUGCAAGGGCACUGGAUGGUUUCGGUGUGCUGGAUGUCGUUGCUCUGCGGCAGUCUGCGAAUCGGUACACCGGGGUUGGAGGCACAGAUACUGGCAAUCGCCUGUUCAACACUACUCAUCUCGAAUGA